AUGAUUGCUGGAAUUGGAUUUUCUUCAGUAACAAUACUCCACGAUUCUUUUCUGCUCUUUACGUCUCUGACGUUCAUUGGACCUAGUAAAUUAUUUAUUGCGACUUCUUUCUUUCCUUCAAUCUUUCUUUCUUUCUUUCUUUUUAUUUUUCUUUCUCUUUUACCUUUCUUUCUUUCUUUCUUUCCUUUUUUAUCUUUCUUUCUUUCUCUUUUAAUUGCCUUUCUUUCUUUCUUUCUUUCUUUCUUUCUUUUUACCUUUCUUUCUCUUUUACCUGUCUUUCUUUCUUUCUUUCUUUCUUUCUUACAUUCUUUUACAUUUUUUCAUUCUUUCUUUUUACUUUUCUUAAUUACUUUCCUUUAUUUCUUUCUUUUUUACCUUCCUUCAUUUCUUUCUUUUUCUUUCUUUCUUUCUUUCUUUCUUUCUUUCUUUCUUUCUUUCUUUCUUUCUUUCUCAUUUACCUUUCCUUCUUUUUUACCUUACCUUCUUUUUUACUUUCUUUCUCUUUUACCUUUCUUUAUUUCUUUAAGUCAGGUCAUACAGAUUGAAUAUCAGAUCUAUCUAUCUAUCUAUCUAUCUAUCUAUCUAUCUAUCUAUCUAUGUCAAUAUAUUCAUUAUCUAUGUCAGUCUGAUCAUUAUCUAUCUAUCUAUCUAUCUAUCUAUCUAUCUAUCUAUCUAUCUAUCUAUCUAUGUCAGUCUGAUCAUUAUCUAUCUAUCUAUCUAUGUCAAUAUAUUCAUUAUCUAUGUCAGUCUGAUCAUUAUCUAUCUAUCUAUCUAUCUAUCUAUCUAUCUAUCUAUCUAUCUAUCUAUCUAUCGCUUCAAUUAAUCUCUCUCUCUCUCUCUCUCUCUCUCUCUCUCUCUCUCUAUCUAUCUAUCUAUCUAUCUAUGUCGCGCUGCUUCAAUACUACUCACAGAAAGGAAGAAAAUAAUAUAUAUUUUCAGAUUUAUAGGGUGUCUUUCCACAGGGCAAUUGGUAUUGUAGUCGUCUAG